CCUCCUCCUCCAGUAGCCAUCGCGAGGCCCCAAAAGCCCAGCCAGCCCAGGACCCCUACGGCCAGGUUUGUGGGGUCACCCAUAUGGAGCCCGUCGGCAUGUAGUGGGCAGUGUAGAACAUGUCUAGAACAGUCUAGAACAUGUCUCCACCAGCCCCAGCUUCCACUGGAGACCACAUCCUCCUGUUCCCAUGGCCAGCCCGGGCCCCUCUCUUCCUGGUGUCUUUCAUGUUCUAGAAGCGGCUGGAAAGGACAAACUGGUCCACUUUAAGCACAAGCUGAGGACCUUGCACACAGGCAGCCAAGGCGCCAGGCUUCUACAUGCCAUGGUCCUGCUCACCCUCGGCCAGGACACUGAGGCCAGGAUCUCUUUGGAGGCCAUGAAAGGUGAUGCCGUGGCCCAGCUGGUGGCCUGCCAGUGGGCAGGUGUGAAUGGCAGUGAGCCCCCUGUGGUGCCACAAGAUGUGUCCUGGACAGUAGCCCGCCUGUUCCAUCUGCUGGCCAAAGAAAAUCUGUGUCCAGCCUCCAUGAGGGACAUGGCUUACGAGGUAGCUCUCCAUGAGUUAAACUCUCAGGAUGACCAAAGGCUAAGCCAACUCCAGGAUGAGGCCCGGGACCGGUGUGGAUGGGAUAUCAGGAAGGAUCCCAGUGGCUUCCAGGAACUGGGCUCCAAUCUGGGCUGCCUGCCUCCACCCUCAACAUUACUUUUGGGGACCCAGAGUCAAGCUUAUCCCAUCAAUGUGACUAACUGGAGUUGGGGACAUUCACUACGCUCAACUGUGAGUCCCACUUCUCUGGCCAGUAAGUUGGAGAUCAGCCAGUCACCCACAUUGCCCUUCCUCAGCCUUCACUGUGUCACCCAUGGGCCCAGCAAGCUCUGUGAAACUCCUCCCCAGGUUGGCCUGGAACCCAAUCCCAUCCCUGUAGACUGCCAGGAACCAGAGGAAGUGAGCUGGCCCCCUUCAGUGGAGACUGUCACACCCUUGGAGAUACUGGACAAUCCUGGGGUCCCUGAAGUGGCCCCAGAUCUCACCUCAGCCACUCUCCCUAACUCUCUUCCUGCUCCUGAAGCCACCAGCCACAACUCAGGGGAGAGUGUCCAGACAGAGGCAGACCCCGAGUCACCAUCAUUGUCCACCUUGGAAUGCACUGAAAAGACCUCUGAUGCCUCAAAGCAAACGCCACUCCAGGAUUCUAUAAGAGAGGACACAUUGCAGAAUUCCACACUGGGUGCCCCAGCACCAGCACCACCCCCUCAAAACUUCUCAUCUGCACCUCCUUCCUCUUUCUCCUCCAGCUGCCCGGUUCCUCCGGCCUCCUCAUCCCACUGCCCUUCUCCUUGCCACCCUGACACAUCAUCUGAGCAGAAGUUCUAUAACUUUGUGAUCCUCCACGCCAGGGCUGAUGAACAUGUGGCCCUUCGUGUCCGUGACAAGCUGGAGGCCCUCGGGGUGCCAGACGGGGCCACUUUCUGUGAAGACUUCCAGCUGCCUGGCCGGGGCGAGUUACGCUGCCUCCAAGACGCUAUCGACCACUCAGGAUUCACCAUCCUGUUGCUGACUGCCAACUACGACUGCCGCCUGAGCCUCCACCAAGUUAACCAGGCCCUAAUGAACAGCUUCACGCAAUCAGGCCGGCAAGACUGCGCGAUCCCCUUCCUCCCACUGGAGUGCUCCCGGGCCCAGCUGAGCCGAGACACAUCUGGCCUGCUUGAAAGCCUGGUGUGGCUGGAUGAACACUCCCCCAUCUUUGAGAGGAAGGUGGCCAACACCUUCAAAUUGCAGAAGCUUCGGAUCUACCGGGAGCGCUGGAAGAAAGAGCAGGAUGCCAGGGUCCUGAGAGAGCACAGCCAGAGGCUGGACGCUGAGCGGAGGCAGGUGGCCGCCAUGCACGCAGCACACUCUGCCUAUGCCCACAGCUAUGUGGCCCUGCAGGAGCAGGUGCAAAAGCUAAGCGCAGCUUUUGGGGACCACUUGUCACUGGGAACUCGGAUGUCAUAUUCAGGAAGUCAAGUGCCCAUGGGUGUCCCACCGCCAUUUCCCACCUGGCCAGGGGGCCCACACCCACCACCAGUGCAUUCGUGGCAAGGUGGCACCCUGGGUCCUACCUUCCCACAGCACCCCAACUUCCUACAGCCCCCCACCUCUUUGCAGCCCCCAGCUGCUUCCCCACAGACCUCAUCUUUCCAGCAGGUCCCAUCUUUCCCACAAACCCCAACUUUCCAGCAGGCCCCAUCUUUCCCACAAACCCCAUCUUUCCAGCACACCCCAUCUUUCUCACAAACCCCAUCUUUCCAGCAGGUCCCAUCUUUCCCACAAAGCCCAGCGUUCCCGCGUACCCCAUCUUGCCCGCAAACCCCACCUUUCCCGCCAGCCUCCUCGACGCAUCCCCAGACUCCAGGGCCACAGCCUCUCAUCAUUCACCACGCUCAGAUGGUCCAGCUGGGGCUCACCAAUCAUAUGUGGACUCAAAGGGAGGCCCAGGCACCCGAUGACAAGACCAAGUGAGCUCGCCUGGCCCUCCUGGCUUCAGGGGACCAUGGGAUCACAGCCUGCAAGGACUGCAGAGAUGGCCUACACUGGUCUCCCUUCUC